CGUAGGUGAAGGGAAGCUUCUGGAAGUUGGUGGAAGCCUGCAUGAAGGAGAAGGGUUAUGAUCGUGACCACGAGCAGUGCAAGAAUAAAUUCAACCAAGUGAUAGAGUACAACCGGAAAGUGUCAUGAGCGAUGCUCCGGUCUGCCGAGCUAUGGGGACAUGAACACGAGACGAAAAAAGUACAAUGUCGAUUUUGUACCGUCCCAGUUUGUAUGACAUCAUAGACUCCGUUGAAAAGGACACAGAAUCUAUCAACCUGUCCCACUUGAGGGACAGCGGCGAAGACCGGGAGCGGCGGGUGGACACCGACAACAUGGCUGACGCAGAUGGAGAGACAGAGGGGGUGAGCGAUGAGGCAAGCGGCGGUAGUGGAGGUGCGUCCGGCGGUUCGUGGUUGACUGCUUUUGAACCCAUACUUGGAAAGCGGAAAAGAGCAGCCACCAAUGCGCGUGAGGCCAGCGUGCGAGCUGUGACAGGUGCAAUGCGAGACCACACAACUGCGCUCACAAGGUCUGAUCGAGAAUGUCUGAAGAUGCAGUGCGACGCCACUCGUGACGUGGCAAGACAACAAGCCAAAGUCGCUACACAACUCGAGCAACAGGACAUUGCUGCAUGUGAGAGGGUUGCCACCAUUGUAGGGGACAGGGUGAAGAGUGGAUACACCUGCCUGGCAGAUGCUAUCCUUAGAAUGGGUUCCCGUAGGAGGAGUCAUUCAUCUAAUGAGCACCAUUCCAGUGAUUCUGAGGAAUUGUCGGGGCCAGUGAAGGUUUUGUGGCCUUCAGAGAACGAGAUUGCGGACAUAGAGACCAUUGUCCACACGGCGGAUGAUGUGGGAGCUGAUCUCGCGGAGGUCAAGGCUUCUUUCUAUGUCACGACGACCACCAUUAUGUCAGACGGAAGGAGUCACGCGAUGCUAGACCCAUCGUUAACUUCCUUGCCGGCGGUCAUGUGGGGUGAUGCUCGUUCGGACGAUGAACAGGGAGGGUUGGACCGUGGAGGGUUGCACAUGUCGCGGGUGGUUCAGUGGACACAGGAUGUGGCCCGCCAGGUAGCAGAGGAGGUUUGUGCACUUCCGGCUGAUGUUGCACACUAUAUUGUGCAGAGGGUGCAGGCUCGAUGCGCUCACAUGUUGGAGCCGGCGCACGCCGCUACUCACCUUCUCUGUCCCAGCCGGCGGGGCUUGCGGUACUUCGAGGGCGUAGUCAGUAACUACGACGCGAGCUUAGUGAGGGAGGCGGAGACUUACAUCUUGUCGCUGACAGGGUUCAGUGUAGCGAGCCCCGAGUACGAGACCGCAUGCAAUGUUUUUGGGACUCGAGCCGCCACUUUGCACCCGUACCCUCGAGACGACAGUGAUUCUGAGGGUCACGAUGACGAGGACGAGCAGGCGGGCCGCGCUACUGCCACUCAUGCGACAUAUGAGCAUGAUGAGUGGAGCGACCCAGAGGACGUCCGUAUACGGGGUGGCGGAGAUGACCUUUUCGUUGGAGUUGAUUUGGAGGAGUCAGGGGGUCGUCAUGGGAGCCCUCUAGAGCGUCAGAGGCCUACGUCCACUGGCUCGCGGUCCGCUGAGCGGGAGAGAGAUCCUGGGUCUGUACCUUCGAGGGGGGCAGAGUCGGGGAUUGGUGGGGGCGCCCCUGGCCAUCGUCCUGCGCAUGUUCGUAGUGGCACAGUUGGUUCAUCCACCUCUCUUCCCACUUCGAUGGAGCAGCUUCAUCGACAUCCAGCCCGCGAUGGUCGAUUGCACAGAUUGGUGAGGGGCCCGAGACAGCGAUUGGAGGACAGAUUAGCGGGCGGUCCUUCACCGGUCCAGGGGAACGAGGGAGAUAAACAGGGGUUGGCUGGUGGAGAUGGUGGUGCAUUGGCCGGAGGUGGAGGCGGUGCCGAGGUUGCUGCGGCGGUUGAGGCGCACAAGAUUCGGAGUGGCGGGGAUGAGGGGAUACCGACGGGUGGCGGAGGCGGUUUUAGUGAGUUUGGUGACGUGGGUAUGCCCCCGGGAGAGAGCGUGGGUCUGCCCCGGGGAGAAAGCGAGUCCUGCGGGGACAUCAGUGUGGGUAUGCAGGACUUAUUGGGACAGAUCAGCUUCCUGGACCCGACUAGUUUCUCCCCUGCCAUGCGCGUAGAGGUGAUGUCGGGGGCAGAGGGGGAUGAGGACCGGACACUCCCUGGAGAGACAUUUGCAGAGAGGUUGGAUAGGCUUGAUAGUCGUCGAGCUGGCCAGAUGGCACAGAGGGACCCCAGGAUGCAGGAGUUGGCCCGUCUUGCGGCCGAGGAUCGACAGAGACAGCUGGGGACAUUUACGCCGGCGUCCCUCGACGCAGCGCCAGGUGCCCACACGGAUCCUCCGGCAAAGGUUCACGAUACGACGCAGCGGGAGGCGGCUUUAGACGAGGCUUCGAGUAUGGGAGUGGAUGUUCGGCAGGGGACGCACGAGAGCGGGUUGGCACCGCCAGAGGAGCCACGUUCGGAGCCGGUGCAGCCUCCUGCCAUCCUGCUGAGGCCCGAGGAGACGUUGCAUGAGGUCGCGGACGUGCCUCUGCCCACGGGUUUGGUUGAGGGUGCCGUGCAGAUGUCCCCGAGUCUGGAGGACAUACACCCCAGCAUACCUUCUGGAGGUUCCUUCGCAGCGCCAUCUGGCGGGGCUGCAGGCCCUUCGUCACCCGCGACUGUAGCUCCGAUGGAGGGCGGCAGUCUCACCCCAAGGUCGGUUGCCCGUAGAGGGAGAGACACUAUCGAGCGUGUGCGGGCCUUGCUGGACACCAUGUCGUUCGGUCGCACUGAUCGGCCAUGGAGUGAGACGAGACGGGUGACGACGACGAGUGUCGGUCGUCAGCCAGGUUUGAGAGGGGUUUCCACGAGCGUGAGACGUCGAGAUGUUGCAGCUUCUGGGUUUGGUGGUAGAGGCGGUGGCGGCGGUGGCAGUGGUGGCGACGACGACAGUAGACGUGAGGGUGCAGGCGGUGCCGCGGCGAGCGCAGUGGAUCCGCCCUUGAUGUACGGUUCGAGAGAGGCGUCGAUUAUUUUGCAGGAGCCUGAUGUUGUUACACGACCGAGGCAGGUCCGACUUGUGCCCUUAGAUCGACGCCAGGAGGGGGAGACUUCAGGAACAGACGGUCUACCUAUGGCAUGCGAGUCACGCCGACGUGUUGACCUGGCAGCCGCAGGCACCGGGACGUUCCACCACAUCCUUCGUCAGCCUGAUGCCGAACUCUACAUUGUCAACAUCACGGAUCUCCUUGUCUGUAACUCUAUGCAUCAGAACGCUGAGUUGGUCGAGCUCGACCCACCACUCCCUGAGCCUCCCGAGCCUCCUGAUCCUUCAGCCCCCUCAACCCCCCCCACCCCUGCUACCUCAUCUCACCUUCUUGCAUCUUCUUCCACGGAGGCGCCAUCAGUACCUAUUCCCAUAUUGACUCCUUCCACCCCUGCUUCAGACGCCGCUGCAGCCGAGGAGUUUGACAACCUCCUAUCGACUUUGCAGCCUAGCGUUGCGGCCCUCCUUCGCGAGUAUCGCGAUGUUUUUCCUCCGACCGUCUCUUAUAGCAGCAUUCCUCCUAUGCGCGAUAUUGAGCACCACAUCCGGCUCGAACCUAACUACCGUAUUCAGCAUCGCGCCCCAUAUCGCCUCUCGGUCCCCGAAGCCCAGGAACUUAAACGCCAAAUUGACGAGCUACUUCGUCAGGGCUUCAUUAAACCGAGUACGUCCCCAUGUAGUGCACCUGUUCUCUUCGAUCGCAAGAAGGAUGGCACUCUCCGCCUCUGCCUCGAUUACCGCGGUCUCAACGAGUAUACGGUCAGAAACAGUUACCCUAUGCCUCGUGCGGAUGAUCUGUUCGACCGCCUCUCAGGCCACCACUUCUUCACGAUGAUCGAUCUUCGUAGCGGAUAUCACCAGAUCCGCGUAGCCGAGGAGGACCAGCCUAAGACCGCUUUUCGUUCUCGUUUUGGGCACUACGAGUUUACCGUCAUGCCAUUCGGUCUCCGUAAUGCCCCUACCACCUUCCAGACGGCUAUGAACACGAUGUUCCAAGACCUUCUUGAGGACUCGGUUCUAGUCUACAUCGACGACAUCCUGGUCUACAGUCGUAUCUUAGAGGAACAUCUGACCUACCUCCGCACUGUCCUCCAGCGAUUACGCGACCAUGGGUUUUAUGCGAAGCUCUCCAAAUGCCACUUCGCUCAACCCAAAGUCGACUUCCUUGGGCAUCAGGUUUCCGAGCACGGAUUCCACAUGGACGACUCGAAGAUUCAGGCCAUUGUCGACUGGCCCACUCCUACCUCUCUUCCUGCGCUGCGUAGUUUCCCUGGGUUGACCAACUACUAUGGUCAUUUUCUUAAAAACUACGCGCAGUAUUCUUCCAAGCUUACCCCCCUGACCCGCGGACGUCUACCUUUUUAUUGGACCCCGACUCACGAGAAUGCUUUCCGCUCUCUCAAGCGGCUUGUCACGUCAGCUCCUGUCUUACACUUACCCGACUACUCGCGUCCAUUCAUCGUCACCACUGACGCAUCUGACUUCGCUACUGGAGUUGUUCUCUCCCAGAUGUAUCCAGCCCCCUCUACUUCUCCCGAUUCCACAGAGUCUCGCCUCCCUCGCAUUCCUCGCUUCCCUCCUCCACCUCCAGCGACUGUGGCUCAUCUUGCACCCAUCGAGCCCACCCCCCCAGGGGCCCCACCCCCUUAUAUUCCUGACGUCGCUGAUGACGGUACAGUCGAGUCUCGCGGUGGAGAGAGUCCGGUUGCUUAUCUAUCUCGACAGCUACUUCCCGCUGAGCGUAACUACACUGUCGAUGAGCGUGAGGUCCUUGCGCUGGUCUACGCUGUUAAGAAGUGGCGUUACCAUUUGCACGGUCAUACUUUCACCGUUUUGACGGACAACUCUGUCCUCGCCGCCUUCCAGACGAAGCCUAAGCUCACUUCUCGUCAGGCUCGUUGGUGGUGUGACCUCUCAGAGUUCGACUUCACCAUCAGGAAGAUUUUCGGCGAAAGCAAUCGUGUUGCAGAUGCCUUAUCCCGCCGCCUCGAUCUUCACUGCGAGGACCGUCAACUAUCUGCCAUCUCAGCUCCUACCAUCCACCCCGCCUUUCUGGAUGAGUACCGCCGCGCAUACACCCAGUGCCCUGAGUUUCAGUCCAUCUAUGCUGAUCUACAGGCUGGCAAGGCGGAAAACAUUCUGAAUCUGGAGCUGGAUAUGCCAGACAGGACAACAUACGACUUUGAAGGUGCGGUGGGAAAUCCGCGUAUCCAAGCUGCGUUGGACCAGGCCUUUGCGGAUGACAGUGAGAUGGUGUUUGCAGCCGGGGACAGGAUGCCGAAUGUGUAUUUCACGUACGAGGAGGGGGAGAGUGCGGAGAAGAGGAAGUCGUCCAGGGGAGAUAAGUCUGGCAAGCGCCCGGUAACUGCAAAGAGGCGCGCAGACAGUCGCCCGAGGUCGUCCGCUACUGUCUCUUGACAGAUGCCGAUUAUGCGGACGACGGAGGCAAGUUUACGUACUGCUGUAGUUUCCCAUUCGGGUUGUAAGAGUAGCCAGAAAGGUCUGUGAAAAAAAAACUAGUGAGAUAUCACCUCUCUCUCUCUCUCUCUCUCUCUCUCUCUGUGUGUGUGUGUGUGUGUGUGUGUGUGUGUGUGUGUCAGUGUGUGUGUGCGUGCGUGCGUGAGCGCGUGUUGUGAUCGUCUGUGUCAGUGUCACCACGUGUCUGACAUGCUCGUGCCUCCGUUACCUCACCAGCAAUGAAACUGAGGAAACAAGAGGUCGUCCACGGUGACACAUUGCGAAGCCCACAGCUCUCGUGUUCAAUUGAACUGCCAAGGCGCAGUUGCGCUCUCGCAAACAAAAACAGAACGACGUC